GACUCUUCUGACGAGGAAAAAACCUAGAUUCACAUGACUCAUCUGUAUAUAUUUUGGCAUCUUUUCAUCUCACUCAUUAUAUCUAUAAAACUAACGACCUGAAUGGAGAGAGUCUGAAAAAAUGAAUUCUUCUCAGCAAAGAAAAUUCAGUGUUCUUAUGUUUCCAUGGUUAGCUCAUGGGCACAUAUCUCCCUACCUAGAGCUAGCAAAGAAGCUGACCAACAGAAAUUUUCACAUCUAUUUUUGUUCCACACCUGUAAAUCUCAGAUCCAUCAAGCCAAAACUCUCUGAAAAAUACUCUCGUUGCAUUGAACUUGUGCAACUACAUCUUCCAUAUGACGACUUGCCUGAACUCCCACCUCAUUACCACACUACCAAUGGCCUCCCACCCCACCUCAUGUCCACUCUCAAAACCGCCUUCGACAUGGCCAGCCCUAACUUCUCCAACAUCCUCAGAACCCUAAACCCGGAUUUGCUAAUUUAUGAUUUUCUUCAACCAUGGGCACCCUCUCUAGCUUUUUUACAAAACAUUCCAGCCAUCGAGUUCUUCACAACCAGUGCUGCCAUGAUGUCAGUUUGUGCCCACCAUGGCGAGAAACCUGGUGUCAAAUUUCCGUUUCCUUCAAUCUAUUACGAGACUAGUAAGAUCAAGAUGUUGUUAGAAUCUUCAUCAAAUGGCAUCAGUGAUGGAGACCGUGCUAAGCAGUGCAGCGAUCGUUCUUGUAAGAUCGUAUUAGUUAAGAGUUCUAGAGAGAUUGAAGCAAAAUAUGUUGAUUAUCUCUCUGAUCUAAUUGGGAAGAAGAUUGUGCCUGUUGGCUCACUUGUUCAAGACCUUAUAGAGCAAGAAGUGGAUUCGGAGGAAACAAAAAUCAUGAAGUGGCUAAACACUAGAGAAAGAUCUUCGGUUGUAUAUGUUUCCUUUGGUAGUGAGUUCUUUUUAUCCAAGGAGGAAAUAGAAGAGAUAGCUCAUGGGCUAGAGCUUAGCAAAGUGAGCUUUAUUUGGGUUAUAAGAUUUCCUAAGGAAGAGAAAGGUACCAGGGUUGAAGAGGUAUUACCAGAAGGGUUUUUAGAGAGGGUGGGGGAGAAGGGAAUUAUAGUGGAUGGUUGGGCUCCACAGGCAAAAAUAUUGAAGCAUUCUAGUGCUGGUGGGUUUGUGAGCCACUGUGGAUGGAGUUCAGUGUUGGAGAGCAUCAAGUUUGGCGUUCCAAUUGUAGCCAUGCCUAUGCAUCUUGACCAGCCUAUUAACGCUAGAAUAGUAGAGGACGUUGGAGUUGGUGUGGAGGUUAAGAGAAUGGGAGGUGGCGGCAACGAGAACGGGAGGCUGAAAAGGGAAGAGAUAGCAAAAGUAAUCAGAGAUGUGGUAGUGGAAGAAAAUGGACAGGGUUUGAAAAGAAAGGCAAUGGAAUUGAGAGACAACAUGAAAAAGAGAGAGGAUGAAGAGAUAGAUGGGGUGGUAGAGCAGUUGAUUCAACUUUGUAUGCGAAAGGAAUGAAGUAUCAUAUCGGAUUUCACUUGCUGUGGUACUCUAUUUUCUUGACCGGAUUUUCCUCUUUUAGGGGUUUUUUAUGGCAAGAUUUUAACAAGGCCACAAGACAGCAAUGCAAAUUCCAGUUUUUCUGGUAGUUUUGUAAUCUGGGUUCUCAGUUUGAAUGAAGUUUCUAUCUGUUUGAUAAAUAUAAAAUAAAAAAGUGUUUUGUAUUUGAACAAUGUUGACCCCGAGUGUAUUCCAACCCUACUUAGUUCAAAGAACAAUUUGAGAAAA